CCGACAGGGAUGUUCAGAUUCUGGACUGGGCGGAUCCCGUGCUGGGCUGUGAUGCCGGAUAAGUGUUCAGGACCCUCACCUCGAAGAAUGCCAUCCGGACGAGCAGACUACCAUGUUUGCUUCUCCCAGCGCCCAACAAUCGCGUCGCUCCCCAGCGCGGGAACAAGAUACACCAGUCGUCAGACAUACUUCUAUCGCUGCUCUACCUAGUACUUUGCUCGUCUUUUCGUUGCUUUCUCGUCCGCAGGGCCUCCGGACAGACCUUAAAGCCGUGCUCUCGCGAGACCACUGCCCUGGGUCGUGUUCACGUUCUAGAUUUUCUUGGGGCGCAACUCACCGCGCUCCACGCCAGCCCUCCUUGUGUUCCACGCCAGCUGGUCGAUCCUUUCCAGGCCAACCAAGUGCUGCUCAUGCCUGCUUCAUCCCUCCCAUCCCUCUCUUCAACUAACACGCAGCAUCGAUGCGUGUCUGCAAGUCUUCCGCAACAUUCCUCGC